AAAUCUAGCUAGUUAGGCCAAAUUUAAUGUCAUAAAGUAGACGAAGAAAAUUCAACCCUCCCAAUUGGUCCAAACUCUUCUCUAAUACAAAUAUGCAAGCAAGCGGUCUCCGGAUAGGUGUCGGCAUACAUAGAGCAGUGCACAACUAAAUAAUUAAGUGACCAACAAGCGCAAAAGAAAAUGUUUUGCAGCUCAAAAAAUACAUGGCUGCUAAGCAUAAGUCUUAUAUUCUGUAUGGUAUGUGCUUCUAAUGCAAGAGAGGCUCCCAGUUUUAGAGUCAAAGCUGUUAAUCUAGGAGGUUGGUUGGUUACAGAAGGCUGGAUUAAACCUUCCCUCUUUGAUGGCAUCCCAAACAAGGAUUUCUUGGAUGGAACUCAGCUUCAGUUCAAAUCAGUCACAACUGGGAAAUACCUUGCUGCUGAAUUAGGAGGAGGAAGCAUCAUAGUUGCCAACAGAACAUCUCCUUCUGGCUGGGAAACAUUUACAGUGUGGAGGCUGAACGAGAAAGCUUUCCAAUUGAGAGUUUUUCAGAAACAAUUUGUGGGACUGGACUCGAAUGGGAAAGGGAAAGGAGUGCUCGCGGUUGCAAACUCACCUGGGGUUUCGGAGACAUUUGAGAUUGUGAAAAAACCAGACGAUUCGAAACGGGUUCGGAUCAGAGCAGCCAACGGGUUGUUCUUGCAGGCUAAAACAGAGGAGCUGGUGACUGCUGAUUAUGCGGAUGGGAAUACUAAAUGGGGAGACGAUGAUCCAUCAGUGUUCGUUUUCGCAAUUGCUAGAAAAUUGGAGGGUGAGUUUCAAGUCACUAAUGGUUAUGGCCCACUUAAAGCUCCACAAGUUAUGAGGGAGCAUUGGAAAAGCUUCAUUGUGGAAAGUGACUUCAAAUUCAUAUCAGAAAAUGGAUUGAAUACGGUGAGAAUUCCCGUGGGUUGGUGGAUAGCAAGCGAUCCAGUGCCCCCUAAGCCUUAUGUAGGAGGAUCCUUGGCAGCCUUAGACAAUGCCUUCCUUUGGGCCAAGAAGUAUGGAGUGAAGAUUAUAAUAGAUCUACAUGCAGCACCUGGUUCCCAAAAUGGAUGGGAGCACAGUGCGUCCAGAGAUGGCUCUAUCGAAUGGGGCAAAACAGAUGAAAUCAUAAAGCAAACAGUUGCUGUUAUAGACUUCCUUGCCUCAAGGUACGCCAAAGAACCAAGCCUAUAUGCAGUCGAACUCAUAAACGAGCCUCUAUCACCAGGAGUUUCGUUAGACGCCGUGAACAAGUACUACAAGGCUGGCUAUGAUGCUGUUCGAAGGCACUCUGCCACGGCUUUUGUGAUAUUCUCAAACCGUUUGGGACCAAUGGAUCCCACAGAGCUGUUUCCUCUGGCUAGCGGCUUAAGCGGAACGGUCAUCGAUGUCCAUUACUAUAAUCUCUUCACCGAAGAGUUUGACAAUUUAACAGUCCAACAGAACAUAGACUUUGUCAACACCAAUCGUUCGGCGCAGCUGAAUCUUGUUACCACAGCUAACGGUCCUCUCACUUUUGUUGGUGAAUGGGUUGCUGAAUGGAAUGUUAAGGAUGCAACAAAGGAACAUUACCAAAGAUUUGCUAAAGCUCAAUUGGAAGUUUAUGGGAGAGCAACAUUUGGGUGGGCCUAUUGGACACUUCGGAAUGUGAACCAGCAUUGGAGUCUUGAGUGGAUGAUCAAGAAUGGUUACAUCAAGCUCUAGAUUUAAAAUACCGGUUAAUUUAUUUAUGCUUAUUAGUCUGUACACUAACUUCAUUUUCGAUUCUCGUUUGGAUUUUGCAAUAAAUGAUGCUAUAAUAAUCCAGAGUUCUCUCUGCUAA